ACAUUUUCCACCCGACCAGGCUGUCCUCUCUCUCUAUCUAUCCACUCGAGUUCUCACCGUCACCGAUGGAGCUGUAAUUCCGUUUAAUGCAAGCACUCUCCCUCCACUCUCUCUCUUCUCGCUUUCUCAAAACACAGAAUUGCUGCGCAGUAUCGCGCCUGACGAGCUACGUCCCUGCUACAACUCCUCUAUCUUUCCCCCUUUUUUGCUUGUUUUCAUCUGGCUUCAUAUGAGGUCCAUGUCCUACGAGACAUAUCUGGACGCGAGUAUCGUCGAUACUACCAGAUAGAUCCCCUGAGCUACUGCUGUGCGUGUUAUAGCUUAUCUUAACAGUCGGUCUCCGUACCAUCCCCCAUGGCGGACCGAAUUGCGGCGAUGAAGCAGGCCGUUGACUCGGACGCCCUGACCCCGAGGGAUGCGAACGCACAACUGCCCCAGCGCGUAGCACACUCUACGAAGGCCAAACCGGCUCCCGCUGCCAAACCAACCCAGAAGGAAAAGGAGGCACCUCCUCAGCCCCCCGCCGCUGUCCACGAGCCUCCGAGCUUUGACCGCAAGGAUGGCGCCACGUAUCAGGUCGGCAAGAUGCUGGGGAAGGGCGGGUUCGCUGUUUGCUACGAGGGGUAUCUUAACAAGAAGAAGUACGCCUUGAAGAUUGUCAGGAGCAAGAUGCCGCCUAAGAUGGAACAGAAGUUCCAAACCGAACUCCAAAUCCAUUCGAAGAUGAAGCAACAAAACAUCGUGCAGUUCCUCAGAGCCUUCUCCUUCGAGGGAUGCACCUACCUCGUCCUCGAGCUGUGUCCCAAUGGCUCGUUGAUGGACAUGGUGAAGAGAAGGAAGGGAUUAACCGAGCCAGAAGUACGGUUUUAUUCGGUGCAGAUCGCCGGAGCCAUCAAAUAUAUGCAUGCCAAGGGCAUCAUCCACCGUGACCUGAAGAUGGGCAAUAUCUUCCUGGACCGGGAUAUGAACGCCAAGAUUGGCGAUUUCGGGCUGGCCGCGCUGCUGGUCACGGGCAGAGACAUGCAGACGAUUCGCCGAACAACCUUGUGCGGUACGCCGAAUUACAUCGCCCCCGAAAUCUUGGAAAAGGGGAAGAAGGGCCACGAUCAUAUGGUGGAUAUCUGGAGCUUAGGCAUUAUAAUGUUUGCCAUGCUCACCUCCAAACCCCCGUUCCAAUCUUCCACGACGGACGAGAUUUAUCGUCGUGCUAAAAACCGAGAUUACGAAUGGCCCAAGCCCGAAUCGUCCAAAUACAUCUCCGAGGAGGCAAAAGAGAUCGUUGCCACCAUGCUAGAAGAAGCACACCUACGACCGGAUCCCGAUGCGAUCGUUCAACACGACUUCUUUCUCUCGGGAUAUGUCCCCACGGUAGCAGAGAUAACAACAAAGCUGCGCGACUGCCCACCCGAUAGUAGCCAGUUCUACGCUGUAGACCAGACGCCGAGGAUGCUUGCUCAGAACCUGCGCAAUCUGAAGGAGCUGUGCAGGGCCUGCGAGGUCGGGGCGUGGAGCAGCACGCAGAUGGUGCAUAAAAGCACCUGGAGAGAGGUCGCCCUGGAGGAAAAGGCUGGCUUGACCCCGAUCAUUCCGCUUGCCGAAGGCAUCGUAUAUAGACCCUACGAUGAUGUUAGCAGGGAGAUGAAUCUCGUCCGGGUGCCACCACGACAACCUCCACAGCCGACUUCGAGGAUAGAGAAUGAGGACACGAAAACGCAAGUUCCGCCGAUAGGUUUGUUGCGAGCUCCCCCUCAAAGCUUUGCGGCACAGCAGCGAGCACAAGGCAGACCAAUGAGGCCAGCCGCGACAACUCGACCCACUACUCAAGAAGACAUAUCCGCCGCACCUAGCGCCAGCGGCAUUGUGCGCUCCCGUUCGAGGCGAGAACUCCCCCAGAGCUCUACCAAUAGCAGCCGUAAUGUCUCGCUGAAGACGGAUGCGUUAUCCUCGGCUGCUUCGAGCCGCCGGAUCAAGGCGUCGGAAGCGCCAGCAUCCGCGACGACACAAGAGGUUCGGAAGACGGUUCCCCAGAAGGCACAGGAUGAGCGAGCUUCCGUGCCUGUUAUGGCGGAUGCGCCGACCGGCAGCCUGUUUGGGCCUUCCGAACGCAAGAUGAUGGUGCCGGGGACGGAGCCGGACUCGGUGCUAGACCGACUUCGCCGCCUGCAGAGCGAGCUCGAGCGGGCUCUCAACUCGCGAUCGAUGGCCAUCGAGAGCAAGACACCAGCUCCACCUUCGCCGCACAUUGUGGUCAAGUGGGUCGACUACUCGAACAAGUUCGGGCUAGGCUACAUCUUGAACGACGGGAGUGUGGGUUGCGUGUUCAAGAGCAUCCCGGGCAGCGCCAAGGGAGGCAAGACCGUGACGCUGCCGCCGAGCUGCAUCCUAGUCCGGGAAGCGGAGCAACACUGCGCGCGGCGGCAGGACCCCGGAUACGCCGACCGCCACCAGAUCAUCCCGAUGGACCAGGCCGUGCAGUUUUACGAGAACGACGGCGAGGCCGGGCUGUCGACCGUGUCGGUGGCCCCGUCGCAGUUCAAGAUCUCGGUGGGCCCAGAUGGCGCGCCGAGCAAGAUCCCGGUGGGGCGCGACAUCUUCGACUUUCGCAAGCGCGAGCACCUCAUUCUGUGGAAGAAGUUCGCCAACUACAUGAUGGCGUACGGGCGGGACCAAGACACGACGGACGAUACGGGCCGCGUCCAGACACCCGCAUCGUCGGCGUCGUCGGCGUCGUCGUCGUCGUCAUCGUCAUCAAAGCCGCCCGCCAUGCCACCGUGCGACGUGGUGACGUUCUACCAGCGUAUCGGGGACGUCGGGUGCUGGGUGUUCGCUGACGGGCACCUGCAGUUCAACUUCCCGGAUCACACCAAGAUCGUGCUGGACGCGACGGGCACGUGGUGCCACUUCUGGCACCUGCCACAGGAGGCGGCGGCGCGGCUGUCGGCGCGGGGUGAGCUGGACGAGGACGCGCUUGACGAACGGGCGGUGCUGUCGUACCCGGUGCAGACGCUACUCAACUUUGCGGGACGGCGGGCAGCAGCGGCUGGGAAGUCGGAGGCGGCCGUGCGGCCGUCGCGGCGGCGGCCCGAGAUCAAUCCGAUGCAGCAGGGGAUCCCGGCGGCCAACGACUUCCGACGCAAGGUGGAGUUCGUGCGGGAGGUGGUGGCGGAGUGGGUGGCCAACGGCGGGCUGGGCAACUGUCGGAUGGAGCGGGAGCACCGGCGGCGGUGGAUGGGCGCGCGCGAGACCGCGCGCAGCGGCCCGAGCAAGCACGUCUGGGUCACGAUCGGCGCGCGCUGGGGCGACAAGCGGUUCUCCGCCGUCGUCGACCCCAAGAAGCCCGGGGAGCUCGGCGCCGAGGUGGAGGCGAAGGCGGCUGCGGCUUAGAAGGGCUACUUGAAUCGCGGAGAGGGGGGAAGAAGAAA